CAGGCGCAGGGAGCAGUGACACCCUCAGCGGAGCCGGAGCGGCGCUGCCAGAGCUGUAGCACAGGGCCAUGGAGCAGUACUUCUCGGCCACGCAGAAGAUGGAGCAGGAGGUGAUGUUCCCCAGCCUGCUCCGAGGGGUCUUCCCGCAGCAGGAGGGGGCAGCGCCGGCCGCCGAGAGCCGCACGGACCUGUACGAGCGCUACCAGCUGCUCAAGGCCAUCAAGCCCAUGGUGGAGAAAGGCCUGGCCUCCGUGGGGGAGCAGAGCCCCGCCGGCGCCGACAGCGACGCGGACGCGGCCUCGGACGGCGGCGAGGCCGGGGACGCGCAGCUGGAGGAGCGCCUGUCCCACCACCUGAGCGGGCUGCAGCAGGUGCUCACCCACCUCACCAGGGACACCAACGCCCUGACCCGCAGGUACAGCCAGAUCCUGGAGCAGAUCAACCUCAGCGAGGGGCAGCCCAGCUGGUGACCCUGUCCCGGCCGCCAGGACAGGUGCUGGUGCCAGGAAGCACAAGACGUCCCCGUGGCUGACCAUCGCAGGCUGUUCCCUGUCACGCUGCAUUCCCCACUCGGUGGCAGCUGCUGUGAUCUCCCGGCGCUGGCACUGACACCAGACAUGGCUGUGACCACUGGAGAACAGACGGUGCCUUAUCCUCAUAGGAAGAAGCAUCUAUGGCUGUGCUGGCAUGUCCACUGGAAGAGCUGCAGGCUCGUGCUCUCCUCUUUAUUUUCAAAGAGUGGGGCAAAGUUGGGAAUGUUGUGAGGUGUCCCCAGGCUCCAAGAGUCCCUUGAGACUUCCAAGCCCUUUUCCAGCUGGUACCUGGACUGCAAGGGCAUUUCCCCCAGUUUCUGCUAAUAAAAGAAUCCCUGUGAAGCCA